GACUUGACUACGCUAUGCACCUGGCGAGCGAUGAGAAUUCCCAUCAUGUGAAGUUUGGAAGUUGUGAAGCUGCGGACGGGUCGUGCGAAGUGGUGAUGACGUCGGAGAACGUGCAAGAAUCAAGGUAUGAAUCCUGGUCCCCAGGCGCAGCUCAUGAGCCACGCGCUCAACGUACAUAACGACGACCACCCCGCAACCCCCGUGGCCGAAAUUGACAGUCUUCUGUUUGUCUGGGCACCAUCGACGACGAGAUCCCCGCGACCCGUCAAGUUCGAUUCCACCGAGCAGCGGAUCGGUUGCCUGCCGGUGAGGCCUUUUUCUCCCUCUCCAAGCGUCUCACCGGCAGGCUCGUCUUCUUCGUCGCGGUGUGCCGCCGGAAGAGGACUUUCAACCAGCACGGCGUCGUGGCACUGUAUCAUCUUCCCAAGACGCCCAACCUCUUCCGGAAGACCCGUAACAGCUCGAGACUGUCCCGUUGGCAGCCGAAGAGUGACGACUGGCUACCGCGAGUCCUUUUGAACUUGGGCGCCUCCCCCGGCACGCCGACUGAGGAGCCUCACGAUGGAUCCAAAAUAGCGCCAUGCUUGGACGACUGGCUGGCGACGAAAUCGUUGUGGCCACAGCGGCCACCCAGCGUUUCAAGAUUGGAUCUGGGGCCGCAUGACAGGUCCUGCACGCUCGUCUGCACCACAACGAGUUCGACUGCUACCACUUCAACAUGUCUUUCUCGGAGAGCCGACAGCAAACCAUUCCGGCUGUGCCUCCUUCUCACUCCGCUGGCGAUCAUGAGAUGCGAGACUACUACGCCAACGCAGCUGCACCGCAGCCUACACCAAACCAAACUCCAUACCUCACACCAUACCUUGGCCUGCAAGCUAGGCUCUCGCAGAUAUGGAUCAAUCGAUGGACCGUUCUUCUACUUCUUGUUCUCGUUCGCGUACUCUUGAUGAUUGCGAGCACUGACAACAGCCUAUCUUCUGCCCGACGUGAGGCUCUUUCCGCCUGCACAAGCGUCGAAUCUGUGGGGAGCACCAUGGCUUCCUUGCCUCACUACAUGUCACAGGGCGUCAACUCGAUGACAGCAAAGGGAAUCACCAAAGCUGUCAAUGGCAUGGAGGACAUGGUCAGCCUCACCCUCACCGGCGUCGAGGAACUAGUUGUCUUCUUCAUUGGCAUGAUGACAAAUACGUACCUUUGUUUAAUCACAUUCGCCGUCACCGGCAGCUUGUCGGCAGUCAUUGGCGCUAUCGAAUCAGCACAGAACGACCUCAACAACAUGACUAGCGCGAUAGGCAACGAGAUUUCGGACGCCACCAAGACUGUCCAGGACAGCAUCAAUAGUCUUGUCAGUGGUAUCAACACCUUGCUUGGGUCUCAAGCUCCGAAAGUGGACUUCACCAAGCAGAUCGAUGAACUCAAGAACUUAACCCUUCCCGACAGCUUGUUCUCCGACCUGCAAAAACUCAACAAUUCGUUGCCCACUUUCGACGAUGUCAAGAACGCGACCGAGAGCGUCAUACGCCUGCCAUUUGAAGAGCUCAAGAAGAUCGUUGCUCAAGAAAUCGGUAACUACACAUUCAAUCAAUCCGUGUUGCCGGUGCCCCAGAAGGAGACGCUCAACUUCUGCUCCGACAACAAUGGCAUCAACGACUUCUUCGACAGCCUUGUCACCAUCGCCCAUACAGCCAAGAAAAUAUUCAUUGGCGUGCUCACCGUCGCUGCCAUACUCGUGUGCGCCCCCAUGGCGUGGUGGGAGAUCAUGCGCUAUCGCCGAUUGACCGAGCGAGCAGUACGCAUACACAACUCUCAGACUGACCCGAUGGACGCCGUGUACAUGGCAUCGCGUCCAUUAACUUCACGCAUCGGUCAGUGGGUUGCCGGGAAAUUCAGAUCACCACGCAAGCAAAUUCUGGCGCGGUGGUUUGUUGCCUACUGCACAUCGCUCCCGGCGCUGUUUCUCCUCUCACUUGCAGUCGCUGGCCUUUUCGCCUGUCUCUGCCAAUACAUCAUGCUUUCCGCCAUCAAGAAGGAGGUUCCCAACUUGACCAAUCAGGUGGCCAACUUCACCGGUGCGGUAAUCCAAAAGAUGGACAAUGCUUCCAUGGCCUGGGCAAAUGGCACCAAUGCUGUUAUCAUUGCAGAGAACGCCAAAUUGAACGACAAUCUGUUCGGAUGGGUCAACACAAGCACUACCGCUGUCAAUGACACUCUCAACAAAUUCAUUGACGAGACCAUGAAUGUGUUGAACCAAACCUUUGGUGGCACCCCGCUGUACACACCUGUCAAGGAGGUGUUCAACUGCCUAAUUGGCUUGAAAGUGGAGGGAGUUCAGAAGGGUUUGACGUGGGUUCAAGACAAUGCUCACAUCAAUUUCCCGCUACUUGACAAUGACACGCUCUCACUCCAAACUUUGGCAGCGAAGACUGACAGCUCUGCCGACGACAACCUCCUUGCCGAUCCAACAGGCACAUCAAAAGACGCUAUAUCAGGUGCUGUAACAAAAGUCACAGAUACCAUUGAACAAGCCAUCCGACAGGAAGCGAUCAUCUCAACCAUGUUGCUCGUUGUCUGGUUGAUCCUUGUCCUCAUCGGUUUGAUGACUACCUUUGUUCGCAUGAACGGUCGCGACAAAGUACGAGGAGAAUCUGGCAACGAGUACAACACUGAAAGCUUCACCGUACCUGCCAAUCAUGAAAUGAAGAACUUUCGCCCCGAGAGUGCGGCUCCACCGUACGUACCCAAUCCAGAUGUCAGCACCAACGGGUACACGCUACGUCACCACGAAUUCCCACGUAGCAGUAACGAUGACGACGUAAUUGACGAGAAGCAUUCCCCUGGCGGCUGGCCCUUCUCUCGCAAUCUGACUGGACGAGAUCAAUCACCCUCAAGAUUUUCGAACGAGAAGAACGGAUUUAUCUGAUCGACUCUGUAUUUGCUGAAAGCGGGCCGCAUAUGGCUUGCCUGACCUUCCCUCCGCUCCGGCGUGAUGGCGCUGUUGUCUACAAAGCCGCGACUUCUGCGUUUCAGCCUGCCGAGACCCGUAAUUGCUUCUGGUUACGUAUCUUGGUUUAUUGAGGUCCCAUCCAACCUCUUGAGUUUGAUGCACCUCCCCUGCUCCUCGAGGAUGGACAUGCCGAGUCGAAUGUGCCUCGCACACUCCUCAUGCAUGCCGAAACUGGAGCCUUUUUUGGUUUAUCGAGUGUUUGAUUGCUGCGUUUUAGCAUUUCUUUACUAUGUAAUUUGCACUGCGAUCUGGCGUUGAAUAUCCCCGCGUUGUUCCUGGUGUCACAUUCUUGUUGAGAACUGAUGUUGAAUGAUGAGGCAGAUGCCCGUGUCAAAAUCCUUCACAAGUUUCAACGAAAUCAUCUUACGGCUUUAUCAUUAUCGUCUCACACGAAAUGUGCACACUGGAACUUCCGCUGCAAAUAGGUUGCGCAAGUGGGGUAUUCAGGCGGUAUGUCCUCGGGACCGAGACCCUUUCCAUCCUGCCGACGAUCUCCAUCUUCUCGCGUCUUUCUUUCGUAGAUUCCCCUCCACUGCGCCGCUUUUCUGCCUUGUGGCUCGGAUGUAUCUUCGGACCCAGCCCAAGAUGUUAAGUACCAGUGAUGCGCGCGAACGCGACUGACUGGCCAGGUUGGAGCAUUGCGCCGGACAUAUUGGGUAUGAUCGUUCAUUCGCCUUCCCCGCUCACUCUGCCUCUGUCAGCCCUCUAGGCUGCCAUUCUUCCUCAUAUAAACAAUGAGGCUGAACCCAUUGUGGCCGACGUCGAUGGCUUUGGAAUGUCAUGCCCUGCUGGGGAGCGAGGCAUGACGGAGCGAGGCAGUGCUGACUGGUAACGAGCGUUAUUGUCUCUUUCUUUCCUCGUCGGAAUUUUCCAGUCGCCUACGAGGACCGGACGCUGGGAGGCCGACUUGAGGAUGGGACUGAGUGGGAAUGUGCUGUUUGUACAGCUGAUGCUGGUGUAUCCCUUUCUUUGAGAUUGUGGGUCGGUUAUGCGUGCUUCUCCGCCGCCUCCGAGAUAGAAUUGUAUGUACAGUACAGCUAUGAACGAACCACGGGAGCUAGGAUUCAAUCACGGUCUGAGGAGGAGGUUGAGAUCAAACGUGGACCUAGUAGCUAGCCCGAACUUCGUCGUCGAAGACUAGACAAAUUUACUCGGAUGUCAACGGCCAGAUGAUUGUUUUCAACCUUGCCAGUGCUCCUUCCUCCCGUUUCACCGUUCAAGUGCACCAUAACAUGCUUUCAGCGCAAGCCCAAUCAGGUUCACGGUCGCUCAAGGCAACAAUAAUUCCUAGCUGUGUGAGGUCGAGG